GCAGGCAGGCUUUCUGCCUCGCAGCGGGAAGAAGCCCCCCUCAGGCGUCCGCGAGAUCUCCUCAGCCUGCCCCUGAACGUUGCCCAGUGCCCUGCUAGCCGCCCCGAUAUGGACGAAGAAGGCGGCGGCGGCGGCGGCGGCGGAGUGCCUGACGACCUUUCUGUAGAGGAGAGAGAAGAGCUUUUAAAUAUUCGUCGUAGAAAAAAAGAAUUAAUUGAUGAUAUUGAGCGGCUAAAAUUUGAAAUAGCAGAGGUUAUGACGGAAAUUGAUAACUUGACAAGUGUAGAGGAAAGUAAAUCCACACAGAGAAAUAAGCAAAUUGCUAUGGGAAGAAAAAAAUUCAACAUGGAUCCAAAGAAGGGAAUCCAGUUUCUCAUAGAAAAUGACCUCUUGCAGAAUACUCCUGAGGACAUUGCACAGUUCCUUUAUAAAGGGGAAGGGCUAAAUAAAACCGUAAUUGGAGAUUAUCUCGGUGAAAGGGAUGACUUUAAUAUUAAAGUACUUCAGGCUUUUGUUGAACUCCAUGAGUUUGCUGAUCUCAAUCUUGUACAAGCCUUAAGGCAGUUCCUGUGGAGCUUCAGGCUUCCAGGAGAGGCUCAAAAAAUCGAUCGUAUGAUGGAAGCUUUUGCUUCACGUUAUUGUCUUUGUAACCCCGGAGUCUUUCAGUCCACAGAUACGUGUUACGUGCUAUCUUUUGCAAUCAUUAUGUUAAACACUAGUCUACACAACCACAAUGUCAGAGACAAACCAACAGUGGAGCGGUUUAUAUCUAUGAAUCGAGGUAUUAACGAGGGUGGGGACCUCCCAGAAGAAUUGCUACGGAAUUUAUAUGAAAGCAUUAAAAAUGAGCCCUUUAAAAUUCCAGAAGAUGAUGGGAAUGAUUUAACCCAUACGUUUUUUAAUCCAGACCGAGAAGGUUGGCUGCUGAAAUUAGGUGGAAGAGUGAAAACGUGGAAAAGGAGGUGGUUCAUUCUGACAGAUAACUGCUUGUAUUAUUUUGAAUACACAACAGACAAAGAACCCAGAGGAAUUAUCCCUUUGGAAAACCUCAGCAUAAGAGAAGUUGAAGAUCCAAGGAAACCAAAUUGUUUUGAGCUGUAUAACCCCAGCCACAAAGGGCAAGUCAUUAAAGCCUGCAAGACAGAAGCUGAUGGCAGGGUGGUAGAAGGCAACCAUGUGGUUUACAGGAUAUCCGCUCCUACUCCUGAAGAAAAAGAAGAAUGGAUUAAAUCAAUCAAGGCAAGUAUCAGCAAGGAUCCCUUUUAUGAUAUGCUGGCAACGAGGAAGAGAAGAAUUGCGAAUAAGAAAUAGUGCCAACUAGGGACUCUUGUGGAACUGCCUUAGCAAAAUUGCUAGUACAUCAUAAAGCCAAGGUAAAGUUCAAAGAAAAGAAGACUUGUAUUGGAAAUGUCGUCUCCUGCAGCAUCUACCCUCUGUGGGCCCAUUGAUAACAUCCAUGAGAUACUGGAAGACAUGUCAAGCACAUGAACUUAACUUUACGUGAACUGAAAACUUGGAAGCCUUAUGGGCUCUUUUGUGUGUGGGCGGUGUUGCCGAACCAGGAGAUAACGGUAUGUAUUCUGUCCUUCUGUUCUUUGGGUCCUUUGCCCAGACUUGUGACUCGUUGCUGAAUCUAGCAUCCGCAACUAGCAGAUUACUUCCCGUUUCCUUUCCUAUAUGCAGAAGCCUUUUGCUCUCAAGUCAUUCAAACCCUACCUUUGUAACGCAGAGGCAUUUGAGCCUUGAUUAUUUGUAUACAGCUCACAUCCAGUCUACUGUGAUUUCAUUUAGAAUCCACUAGUCUGGCAGCUGUAUGAUUAACAGACCCCCCUUUCUCUCAUAAACAGCUGGCCGUGCACUGAAAACAUGAAGCUCCCAAAGAUGAAAAGGAUACAAACAUGAGUUUUGGCAGUAUCAAUAUAGCUUAUCUUUGCUUCUUAGAAGUCUUGGAUGUGUACUCUUCUCCAGAUGUUAGCCUGAACUGUCUUGCCCAAUCCGAGAUCUUUCUGGUAUCAUUCGCUGUCUUAUAUUUUUGUAAACUCAUGCUGGAGUCUAAUGCCAUAUUAACAAAUAAUGAACAAUGUGUUCAGCAGCUUCUCUCCUGCCCAUUUGUGUAGCUUUAGUUGUUCUUAUUUAUUGCCCCAUAGGAAAAUCAAGCAAGUUUUUAUUUGGGGGUGGGGGGGAUAAGCCCCCCCCCCCCCAAAAAGUGUCAGUGUGUGUAAAAUUAGUUGCUGGUUAUUUUGCUAAUGGGGAGAGAAGUGUGUGGCAGGAAUCACAAAUGCAGAUUUACUUCGACUCCGUUUUGCAGCAUUGCCUAGGUUUUAAUUUUUAAUUUUCUUUUUAAUGACGAUAUGUGGGUACAGUUGGUUGGGAGAGACAACUGAGGACGGUAUGGGCUUCAUAAAACAUAGUUUAUGAAGCUGUGAAUGAGCAUCAGGGCCAAAUGUUCCUCCCCUCCAGCCUUGUUAUGUGCUGGCUUUGACACAAAGUUCAUGUGGCUUGUACAAAGCGGAGUUCUCCGUGACAUCCAAGUGUCAUUUAGCAAAUCAGGUAAAUAAGCCGGGAUACCGGAAGUGUUCUCAGAACCACUCUCUGUGCAGCUGCUGAAUCUCCUUUCUAGUUUCCCUCUUUUCCCAGAGCGCUCUCUGGCUCUUUUGUCAUCUUUUCUUUGGGGCCUCACUCUGUGCAGACUUUCCCAUUCUCCCUCCAAGGGGAUCUUGCUGCUUUCCAAGCUCUGCUGUUUCCCUUUAGGUUUCCAUAUUUCUGACAGGAUGCAAACUGUUCCUUUUGGGCAUGGGCAUGUCUGUGUUUGUGGGGACAUUUGUCCGAAAUCUGGGACAGAACUGGACAAACGUUCUCCUAUAUUCUUAUAGCAAACUGAAUUCCCCCAGCACCAGUCCUUGUAGCCAAAACAGCACCACCCACACUCAAGGAGGCAUCAUUUUUGUAUAUUUGCCCCGCAGUUUUACAAGUUUAGUUGCAGCACCCGCUAGUAUAAGUCUAUGCAACUGUGGACAGUGUAUUGAUCUCUUCCUGUAGCUGCAAGAUUUUAUAAUGUGUCUCCUUCCUACAUGCUGAAAAAGCUCAGAUCUGCCUUUACUUUGACAGGCUAUGCUUUUGACUUCCAGGCACGAUCUCCCCCCAAAUGUCUUGUUUUAACUGCCCUGUCCUUUUCCCAUUGCCAGCAUCUCUCUGGGGAAACCAGCUAUUUUCAGCCUCUUUCCACUCUAGCUCUACACCUUCACCUGUUCACUGAUCUUUCCCAUGCAAUAUUCAUUACAUGGGUGUUGUAUCCUUGUAGCUGUGGCUUCUUCCGGGUAUUCCACCACCCCCAGAAAGUUCUAGAAAUUUAAAACUUGGUAUUUAGCAUAUGUCUGGUUUGUAAAAAAAUUUCCAGCCCAGCCCUACAUUUCUAACACGAGGUUAGGGGGUUACAGUAGUCAAAUAUAAACCAGGAAGACAUUUUUCUAACCCAUCCAAUCCUUCCUUUGCAAAGAAUGUGUAAACAGAGUAACCAUGAUGUUCUUUAAGCUUCCUGCUAAAGUGGAGAGUAGCGCUCUUCCUAGGCAUUGUAGAAUGUUUAUAUGCAACAGUAUUAGGAGGGAUCAGAAUUGGGCCAAAACUUCCACAGGCCAUCAGGCCAUUAAAGAAACUAGCUGGUUUGCAGGAACGGCUUGUGAAAGUUUUUGGCUGCUUUAGGUACUUUAUGAAGACCCCACCUUCAGCCUCUCCUCUCCUUUGGUCUUAGGAUGCAGUGGUUUAAAAAGUAGUGAUGGCUUGUUCAUCUUGUAUCCAAAAGGCAGAUAGCAGUUGAAGGCAGGGCAUGUUCCUCAAAUUGAGGCAAAUGGUAUCUAUCAGAUACUUCUAUAGUGGUUAUUCAGGAGGAUGUGCCUACUUCUACCCCAUUCACGUUUUUUUCUGCAUAGGAGACUGAGCACACACCCUAUAAAGGGCUUAAUUCAGUGAAUUGAGUAGGAGUCAUUUCCCUGUUAUCGUCUAUCUCUUCCCUCAUUGGGAAGAGAUAGACGAUAACUCAGUGGAGGAGUUAAACUUAGCACAGUUCCUGCCCUACUUCUCUUUUGCCCAACUACUUUUCAAACCUCAUGGACUCUGGCAUUUGAAGGUUGGGGGUGGUGGUAGAGUUUUAAUAGCACUUUAAGCUCAGCUGGCCUGACAGGUGCUGAACCUAACCAAGGAGAGAAUUUUGCUUGGGAACAUCACUUAAUGUUUUGGAUGGCUUGAAGUAUGUGGUACAGAAUUUAAAACUUUAUAAACCAAGCAGCAUUUAGGGAUACUUCAUAUUAAAAUGCCUUUUUUUAAAAAAAAAUGUAGUACAUAUCUUUCUGGAUAUGUUUGCUGAAAGAAAGGUUGCGGGAAUCUGGUGGAGAUGUAACAAUGGCUCCUUACAAAUAAUUUGUUUACAAAAAUCAAGGUCCAGCCUCUGAAAUAAGAACGCUCUCUUUGACACAAUUCACCUCUCCCUUUUCUUGCUGGCCAUAAACAUAUCUUAGCUAGCCAUGGUUGAGAAGGAGAAAGUGUGUGAUCCCAAGGUUGGCUACUGGUGCGCAAGAAGCCAGUGUUACAUCUUCACUGGAUCUUCCAGACCAGAUGCUGCAAGCUAACAUGUAGCUCGCUAUUUCUCUUUCUAUAUUUUCUUGGAGAAUGUUUCUUAUCGACAGUUAAAUGUUAGGUAAAUGUAUAUACUGUACAUCUGUGUAUUAUUGAUUUUGAAAGUUUGUUACUCUUGUAUGCCAAUGAAUUGCAUGACGUAUUCUGUAUGUUAUAAAAAAUAUCUACAGUAAUCUUGUAUGGCUGUUUUAAAUCCAUUGCAAGUAUUUAGUUAACAAAAUACAUUGCAGAGAUUCCAUUCUCAAAAAUAAAAGUAUGAAUUCCACAGAA